GAAAUGUCUGUUUAUCCUUCAUAAAGCUCGACACCUACCGAUGACACAUAUCCCUCGUUCGUCUUUAACCUUGACCUUCCUGCGCUACCCAUCAAGGUCUAGUAUUCAUAACACUCUGUAUCUUGUAGAACCUUUGUAACUUGUCCAUGGCACCAAAACCUGCUUCCACCGCCGGAAAGGCUCCAGCUUCUACUGCCUCCAAAGUACCAGCUAAAACGGAGGCCUCCAAAAAGACAGCCAGUAAAUCCCAGCCUGCAGAUGGCGAAAAGAAAAAGCGUCGCAAGGCGCGAAAAGAGACAUACAGUUCAUACAUCUAUAAAGUUCUGAAACAGGUACACCCUGAUACUGGUAUUUCUAACAAGGCUAUGGCGAUUCUGAAUUCAUUCGUCAAUGAUAUCUUUGAGCGUAUUGCCACAGAAGCCUCGAAACUUGCAGCUUAUUCGAAGAAAUCCACCAUCUCAUCGCGUGAAAUACAAACUAGUGUCAGGCUUAUAUUGCCUGGAGAGUUGGCUAAGCAUGCAAUCUCUGAGGGGACGAAAUCGGUUACCAAGUUUUCUGCUGGUGCAAAGUAAUAUAUGUAAAUUAUAUAAGCACUUAUAUCAUUCAUACAAUACUACAGUAAAAUUAUCAAUAAUUUGUUGUGUGUUAUGCUGU